AUGUCUCUCUCUAACAAGCUCACUCUGGACAAGCUGGACGUGAAGGGCAAGCGGGUGGUGAUGAGAGUGGACUUCAAUGUUCCUAUGAAGAACAACCAGAUAACAAACAAUCAGAGAAUCAAGGCUGCCAUCCCAAGCAUAAAAUUCUGCUUGGAUAAUGGAGCCAAGUCAGUUGUUCUUAUGAGCCACCUGGGUCGGCCUGAUGGUGUCCCCAUGCCUGACAAGUACUCUUUGGAGCCAGUUGCUGUAGAACUCAAAUCUCUGCUGGGCAAGGAUGUUUUAUUCUUGAAGGAUUGCGUGGGGCCCGAAGUGGAGAAAGCUUGUGCUGCCCCAGCUGCUGGGUCUGUCAUCCUGUUGGAAAACCUUCGGUUUCAUGUGGAAGAAGAAGGGAAGGGAAAAGAUGCUUCUGGGAACAAGGUUAAAGCUGAGCCAGCUAAAAUAGAAGCCUUCCGAGCUUCACUUUCCAAGCUAGGGGAUGUCUAUGUCAAUGAUGCUUUUGGCACUGCUCACCGAGCUCACAGCUCUAUGGUUGGUGUCAAUCUGCCACAGAAAGCUGGAGGUUUCUUGAUGAAGAAGGAACUGAACUACUUUGCCAAGGCGUUAGAAAGCCCAGAGCGACCCUUCCUGGCCAUCCUGGGCGGAGCUAAAGUUGCAGACAAGAUCCAGCUGAUUAAUAAUAUGCUGGACAAAGUCAAUGAGAUGAUUAUCGGUGGUGGAAUGGCUUUUACCUUCCUUAAGGUGCUCAACAACAUGGAGAUUGGCACUUCUCUGUUUGAUGAAGAGGGAGCCAAGAUUGUCAAAGACCUGAUGUCCAAAGCUGAGAAGAAUGGUGUGAAGAUUACCUUGCCGGUUGACUUUGUCACUGCUGACAAGUUUGAUGAGAAUGCCAAGACUGGCCAAGCCACUGUGGCUUCUGGCAUACCUGCUGGCUGGAUGGGCUUGGACUGUGGUCCUGAGAGCAGCAAGAAGUACGCUGAGGCUGUCAACAGGGCUAAGCAGAUUGUGUGGAAUGGACCUGUGGGCGUAUUUGAAUGGGAAGCUUUUGCCCGAGGGACCAAAGCCCUCAUGGAUGAGGUGGUGAAAGCCACUUCCAGGGGCUGCAUCACCAUCAUAGGUGGUGGAGACACUGCCACUUGCUGUGCCAAAUGGAACACAGAGGAUAAAGUCAGCCAUGUGAGCACCGGCGGUGGUGCCAGUUUAGAGCUCCUGGAAGGUAAAGUCCUUCCUGGGGUGGAUGCUCUCAGCAAUGUUUAA